AUGGCUCCAGCGUCUCGUCCCCCUGUGGCGCUUAGCUCAGCGGAACCCGCGUGGCCCAUCAAGAACGGCCUGGUACUUCACAAAAGGCGAGAUUAUGAUGGAACGAUCCGAGCAAUCUUCUGUUCAACAGUCUUUCUCGACAGCCUUUGGUACGCAGAGACCGAAAAGCCCAGCGACAAGAGCGCUCCCGAUCCCGACCCAUACACUUGGGACACACCGCCGCGUUUGAUAAACAUUUCAAACGUCCGACCGACUUACACAAACUCAACGAUGACAUCCGCCAAAUACCUGAAAAAUAACAGGUUAUAUGCCAAAACGAUGGAUCAUCUCCGCUACUCCACUGAGCUAUUCGGGACACCAUGUUGGCUCAAAGACAUCGUAACGAGGGAGAUUGCAAACUGUGAGAUGUUACGUAAAAACCCACAUCCAAACAUAUGUCGAUAUCGUGGUGUAGACUACGACUUGAAGAGCAAACGCAUCAUGGCGCUAUUGUUCCAGAAGUACGACAUGACUCUAGGCGAACUGGUAGCUGAGAGACGCACUUUUGACGCCGAAAAAUGUCUGCAGGAUAUCAGACAGGGCAUUCGACAUAUACACUUCUUGGGCUAUGUGCACGUCGACAUCAAGCCUUCGAAUAUCUUUGUUGAUCUCAAAGUACAGCCCACCCGUUUUGUUGUUGGUGACUUUGAUUCUAUGCAGAAGCAAGGCUCACGGUUGAGAUACAAAUGUGGUACAGAGGGUUGGAGGUUAGAAAGGGCAAGACAUGAAGACUACAAGGCGAACGUCGAGCAAGAUUGGUAUGGGUUAGAGAUGAUGGAGGCCUACAUCAAGGAGAAAGGGAACGGGAAGCCAGUGGAAGGAAGGAGUUACCCAAAGACAAGCGAUAUUUUGAAAAGGGCGAAGAGAAAGUUUGAGAUGGUCAAGAACGUUAGAGAGAAGCAGGAGGAGACGGAAAAGGCGGUGGCGAAGAAGAAGGCUGAUGCUGCGAAGAGGAUCGAGGCUCUAGAGAGAGCUGACGUGAAGAGGGCCAAUGUCGUGAAACAAGCUAAGGUCGCGAAGAAGGCCAGUCGUCCAAAGUCCACCGCCCCCCCUGAAAACUCGAACACAGCAAGCAACAGCUGCGACCAAGAAGAAGAGGAAGUCAGGCGCGCCGAAGAAACUGAGAAUAGGACCUCCGUAGCAUUGUCAAUUGCAUAUGCUGUGACACGCAAAAGAACGGGUAUCAAUUAA